GUGAACACGGCUCAGGAUUUCCAGACACGGGUGUCCUUCGGUGUCUAGUACUAUGAGAAAGUAGUGCGCGCAUAAAAUGAUUAUUUGGCUCAUACGUUCGAUGGAAAGUGUGACAAUAGCGCAACACGGACACAGCGGUUUCGGGCGGAUGUGCAUUUAGGGGAAACGUGGCGAUUCUGCGCGAGAAUUAAGCGAACGUGUCGCGUUGUAUCGGCGGCGGAGGGAUACAUUCACCCCGCCGCGCGUCAAAAUAUUGGCUGUGGGAGAGACCGCGCCAAAGCUCAGACAGCGUCCGCUCCUCUGGAAAACAGCACGCAACGGAGGCUCUUUAACGCGCGCACUUCAUUGCCGAUACGGACACCGCACGCGUACCGACGUUUGAGUUGUUAUUUUUAUUUUUUCAUUUAAUUUAAUUUCUCCAGUGGGCUGUUUUCGCUGGUCGUGCUCGCGUCGAGAGACCCGGGUUUCAUGCCGGUUUUCGGGGAGACGCUCUGCGGCUUCACGGUCGCGAGACGUCUUUAGACGGGCGCGGCGGAGGUGGCGCACUGCCGGGACCGCUCGCCCCGAUAGGACCACGCCGUGUUCCAGCGAGCCCCUCGGGCUCUCCGUCGAUUCCUCUGGUUUCCAAACGAGUGGAUACGCGUCGUCUACACCGGCUCUUUUUUUGGCGUGAAUAUGUUGUUGUCAAAGUUUGGUUCAUUUUCGCACAUUUGCAACCCUUCGAGCAUGGACCACCUACCCGUGAAAAUACAGCUCCAGCCCGUUAAAGUGGAAAAGGAGCCCUUCGAAAAGGUCUACCAAGUGGGAUCCGUGCUGGGCAGCGGGGGAUUCGGGACAGUUUACGCCGGCAGCCGCAUCUCUGAUGGCGCACCGGUUGCUGUGAAACAUGUGGCCAAGGAGCGGGUGACCGAGUGGGGCACAAAUAACGGAUCCAUGGUGCCGCUGGAGAUCCUUCUGCUGAAGAAGGUCAGCUCGUCGUUCCGCGGAGUGAUCAAGCUGCUGGACUAUUACGAGCGCGCGGACGGCUGGCUGAUGGUCAUGGAGAGGCCGGAGCUCGUCAAGGACCUAUUCGACUUCAUCACCGAGAAGGGCGCCCUGGACGAGGACACGGCGCGGGGCUUUUUCUGCCAGGUGGUGGAGGCGGUGCGGCACUGCUACAGCUGCGGCGUGGUGCACCGAGACAUCAAGGACGAGAACCUGCUGGUGGACCUGCGCACCGGCGAGCUCAAGCUCAUUGACUUUGGCUCCGGGGCCAUUCUCAAGGACACCGUGUACACCGAUUUCGACGGUACAAGAGUGUACAGCCCGCCGGAGUGGAUCCGCUUCCACCGGUACCACGGUCGCUCUGCGACGGUGUGGUCGCUAGGCGUGCUGCUCUACGACAUGGUGUGCGGAGACAUCCCCUUUGAGCAAGACGAGGAGAUCCUCAAAGGGAGGCUGUACUUCCGGAGGAGGGUUUCUGCCGAGUGCCAGCAGCUGAUCAAAUGGUGCCUGGCCCUGCGGCCCUCGGACCGGCCCACCCUGGAGCAGAUAUGCGACCACCCCUGGAUUAGGGCGGCAACAGAGUCUCCCAAGUCCCCGGAGGAGCCGGCGGCCAGCGAGAUCCGCCUCAGGACCCUGGACACAGACUCGUCGUCAAGCACAAGCUCGAGCAAGGAGAGCCUCUGAGGACGGCACGGGUGGACGAAAAAGACUAUACGGGACAGGGGGGGGUCUGAUGGCGGGGCUGGACGUGGACUCGAGGCUGGCAGCCUGUAGCCCGACUGGUCACUGCUGGUCCGGCAAGAUGAAAUGUACUUUACUUUUCCUCUUUUGUAGGGAAUUUCUAAUUUAUUACUAUUUGUUCUUCCUUAUUUUACCCCAUUCAAUAUUUUUACCCCCCCCCACCAACCCCCACUUUCAGUUAAUGAUACUCGUUUCCUAAUCGGGAACAUUUUUUCUGUUUGGGUGGUCUUUUAUUUUCCUCGUUUUGUUUCUGGGCUUGUACACGCCCUCCUGACCAGACCCGGCUGCUCUCGUAGAGCUUGGAGAAAACCUUUUUAUUUUUUUUACUUUUUAUUUAAAUGUUUUGAUUUUGUAGUGCCUUUUUUUCUUUCUUUUUUUGGAACGCUGCUUUUCGUUGGGGGGAGGGGGGCUUUUCAACAUUUUUUAUUAUUAUUUUUACAUUCGCUCAUGGCCUGGUGGCUGAGUUGCUUGUGCUGUUAUGGAAGGAGGGGGGGGGGGCGGGGCUGUGGUUCGUUUUUUUUUUUUAUUUUUUUUUUUCCUCUUCCUUUCUCUCCAUCACUGUAAGCCAACGAGCCCCGUGCCAAGAGGCUGAGAUAGCAUUCGUUUGGAGAGAAGGAGGUGGGGGCUCUUCCUGACAAUGGAAUACUUGAAAAAACACUCGACUCGACUCUGUGUCGCUCUCUUUAACGCUGCUCACUCACUCUAUAGCCUGAACAGGUGUUUGGAAACUGGAUCCUGUCUUUUCUGAAUGUCUACAAAAUGUCAACACACGGCCACCCCCCCCCCCCCCCCCCCCCCUCUUCUGCCCCCAUCCUGCUAGUUGCGGGGUGUUUUGGCCCUUCUUGACGUUUCCUUUUUUGCCUCCUGCCAUCUCACUGCUCUACACUACAUGGCCCCCUCCCCUGGUCUCCCUCAGGGUUUGGGGUGUGAAAUGCACAAUCAAUGCAAAAUUCAUGGACACAAUUUUAUGUAGUUUCUUUUUCAACAAAUGUUGUACAGCCUGUUUUUCUUCUUUUUUUUGUUUUUGUUUUGAUGUACAUUAUUUUUCCUCUCAUUUGCAUUUAAUUUAUUUGUAAACAUGUAGACAUUCCACACUCUGUGGCUAUUUAUUUAUUUAUUAUCAGUGCUUAAAAUCCCAUCUACAUUUUGCAUAUCCUACUUGGCCUUUGGUUUGCAUUCCUAUAACUUAUUUUUACAUUUUUUUUUUUUUUUUUGUAUAGAUGUGGAGGAUGCACUGAAGCAGUUGUCAAUGUAAAGCAGAAUAAAACAAGUUUACUUAAAUUUGAA